AUGUUAGCGGCUGUGUCCGAGGCCAUUUUCCCUCUACCAUUCCUUCCGUUCCUCCCUGGAUUCAACAAUGGCUUUAGGGACAACGGUGCCGUGAAGGCUGUGAAUGCGCAGCCCGUGGCAGCAGCUGGAAAAGGUGGGAGAAAGCGAGGUGGUGCAAUAGAAGCUCAGACCAAAUGGCCUGGUAAAUGGGAAAUAUUCAUGCAAAACUCGGGUGUAUCAGGGAUGCAUGCGAUUCUUAUGCCAGUUAUCAACAAGGUCCAGUUCUAUGACGCUACCAUUUGGAGAAUAUCAAAGGUUAAGCUGCCUCCGAAUGUACCAUGUCACGUCGUCGAUGCCAAGACCAAUAAGAUCGAUUGUUGGGCUCAUUCGGUUCUCAUUGAUGUCAACACCGGCGCCAUUAAGCCUCUAGCUCUUACCACGGAUACAUGGUGCUCAUCGGGAGGUCUAACCGUAAACGGGACAUUGGUGAGUACCGGAGGAUACGGAGGAGGAGCCAACACGGCGAGGUACCUAGCAAGCUGUGACAACUGCGCUUGGGUAGAAUACCCUCAGGCAUUGGCUGCCAAGAGAUGGUACUCAACUCAAGCCACUCUCCCUGACGGUAACUUCAUCGUUGUCGGAGGGCGAGACGCCUUGAACUACGAAUACAUCCCAAUGGAGGGACAAAACAACAAGAAGCUCUACGACUCAUUGCUCCUCAAGCAAACAGAUGACCCUGAAGAGAACAACCUCUACCCUUUCGUAUGGCUUAACACCGACGGUAACCUCUUUGUUUUCGCAAACAACCGAUCCAUCCUUCUAAGCCCGAAAACCAACAACGUCAUUAAGGAGUUCCCUCAGCUCCCAGGUGGUGCCCGUAACUACCCGGGAUCAGGUUCCUCCGCACUCCUCCCCAUCCACCUCUACGUUAACAACCCUAAAGUCAUCCCAGCUGAGGUCCUCAUCUGCGGUGGAGCCAGACACGACGCAUACUACAGAGCCGGUAAAAAGAUAUUCGACCCAGCAUUGCAAGAUUGCGCGAGGAUGAGAAUCAACAGCGCCAGGCCAAGAUGGAAGACAGAGAUGAUGCCUACACCACGAAUCAUGAGUGACACUGUCAUCCUCCCUAACGGAGAUGUACUUCUAGUAAACGGAGCUAAACGUGGUUGCUCAGGCUGGGGCUAUGCUAAAGACCCAGCCUUUGCUCCAAUCUUGUACAAGCCUCGUGCUACCCGCGGAAAACGUUUCAGAGAGCUCGCUGCCACGACCAUCCCACGUAUGUACCAUUCCACCGCCAUUGCUCUACCCGAUGGUAAGGUUCUUGUUGGUGGCAGUAACUCCAACGAUGGUUACAAGUACAACGUUGAGUUCCCAACGGAGCUUCGCGUCGAGAAAUUCUCACCACCUUACCUUGACCCGGCACUAGCCAACUUGAGGCCAAAGAUUGUGAACACCGCCACACCAAAACAGGUCAAGUACGGACAAAGCUUUAAGGUAAAGGUCAACCUUAAACAACAAGGCGUGACCAAGCAGAACCUCAGGGUCACAAUGUUAGCUCCUGCUUUUACAACACACAGUAUCUCGAUGAACAUGAGGUUGCUCUUGUUGGGUGUAUCUGCCGUCAACCCCACUGGUGCCGGUUCGUUCGAAAUCCAGGCGGUUGCACCGCCCAAUGGUAACGUCGCACCACCGGGUUACUAUCUUCUCUUUGCCGUCUACAAAGGUGUUCCCAGCACUGGAGAAUGGAUUCAGGUCGUCUGA